AAAGAAAAAAAACUUCUAAAACUUCGGCCUCAGAUUUUGCAGCAUCAAUCAACAAAAUUUUGUCGAGUUCUGUUAAACCUGCGGACAGAAAUAUACCGAUUUUAUCUCGAUCUAAAGGUAUCGAGCGACGCAUUGAUGAUGCAAAACUAGAAUAUCGAGCACGAAAGGCCAUAAAUAUUGAAAAGAAGAAAUUAGCCGAUAAAGAUCGAAUAAAAGUGGAUUUUACUACUAUGGACACUGAAAGGAAGUUGAGAAAAAUAGCAACCAGAGGCGUUGUACAAUUAUUUAAUGCAAUUCAUAUAUCACAAAAAAUCGUCGAUAAUUCAGUAAAAGAAGCUGGUGGUAGAGAAAUGUUAACAGCAAGAAAAGCUAAAGAUG